UGAGGACGUGUUAUUGUUUGCUAAAAGAACAGCCAGUCAACAGCCUUAUGAUUUAAUAAAUAAAACCAAGGUUAUCGACACUCUGCUGUCCUUGCAGGGAUCGUGAGGUGUCUUUGAACGGAGACUGCGCUGCAGCCCGAGGUCAAAGCUGCUCGAGCGGAAAGAGGGAGGAGAAGAUCAGGGAGGCAGGAGACUCAACAAGUGGCCGCUGUUGUCGGAGGCUCUUCAGGAGUCCACAAUGAAGUCUGUCACAGCUUCCCGGUGUUUGGAUCUGUUUGUCGUUUUAUCUCUGCUGCCGCUCUUUAUCUACGCGAACCGGAUUACGACAAAAACACCGGACCUGCAGUCCACCACCGCCGGGCUUGGGGUGAAGGAGCGCUCACAGAUUGUUGCUCAGCACAAUAGGCUGCGCAGUUGGGUCCAUCCCAUGGCAGCUAACAUGCAAAAAAUGGAAUGGGAUGAGAAGUUGGCCUUACUUGCAAAGCAGAGGGCAGCAUCGUGUCACACAGACCUCCCCCCUCAACACUCCCCGCCUUUCAGUCACAUUGGCUGGAACACAAACAUGUCGGCUUACGGUGUUGCCUCAUUUUCUGAUGUCAUUGACGCUUGGUUUGAGGAGGGGAAAAAUUUUCUCUAUUCGAAUGGGAAAUGUAGAGAAAAUGCCACCUGUCAACACUAUACACAGCUGGUGUGGGCCACUUCGAGUCACGUGGGCUGUGCCAGCCAACUGUGUCUGAGAGACGGAGACCUCUGGGAGACAUUUGUCUGUGCAUAUGUCCCUGGGGGUAACUGGGAGGUGAAUGGUCACUUGGUGAUGCCCUAUAAGACAGGGCUGUACUGCUCUCUCUGCACCUCUGCCAUGUCUGGCUGCUUCAGGUUGUGGGACCAUGUAGGUGGCUUAUGUGAGAUUCCAAUGAAUCCGUGCCGUAUGAGCUGUGGUCAGCAUGGCCAUCUUAACAUCUCAUCCUGCAAGUGCAAGUGUGACCCCGGCUUCACAGGACGCUUCUGCCAGGUGCGGUGCAGUGUGCAAUGUGUACACGGUCGUUUCAAAGAAGAAGAAUGCUCUUGCUUGUGUGAUGUUGGCUAUAGCGGUGCUGAGUGUGCAGAGAAAGUGCACUUUCCCUUCCACAGCUGUGAUGUGAUGAUAGACGGUGAUUGCUUCAUGGUGUCUUCAGAAACUGACACCUAUUAUGGAGCCAAAAGCCACUGCCAGGAACGAGGGGGUAUUCUAGCUCACAUCCACAAUCAGAAGGUUCAGGAUAUCUUGGCCUUUUAUCUCAGUCAGCUGGAGACAAGCAAUGAGGUCAUGAACACUGACUUUGAGACACGAAACUUCUGGAUAGGUUUGACAUAUAAGCCUCUGAAAGACUCAUUUCGUUGGGACACAGGAGAGAUCCCUCGAUUUAGCAGCUUUGCCUUUGGGCAACCUGACAACCAAGGCUUUGGAAACUGUGUUGAGCUGCAGGCAUCAAGUGCCUUUAACUGGAACGACCAGCGCUGUAAAACACAGAAUCGAUACAUUUGCAUGCAUGCUGCAGAGCACAUUGCCCGGUGGGAGGACGACAGGUGAAACUAAGUGUGCAGUACGUGUCACAUGAUCAGGAUAAUGUCUGCUGUUGUUUGUACAUGUUUUGUCAAUAAACAUGGGCCAAUGGACACACCAAUGGACCAAUGUAGUUUAGACAGACUAAAGAGACUUUUAGACUGUAUAUACUGUACAUGUUUGAAUCUUUAAUGCAAAUUAAAUGUUUGUUUUUACACAAAAAAUUGUUGAUUCUUUGCAUAUAUCAUCUGAGUGAGUAGCCUCAAGUCAAAUGAAGAGGACGCCAUACGUCUCUGCUCUUUUCUCUUGUAUCUUUUCCAUCCUCCGGCCUCAUGUUACCUGGAAAUCGAUUACUUCUGCCAUCAUUAAAG